ACAAUGAAAACCCAACCUUUGAAGGAUGUCCCAACGAUAUUACCAGAAGCGCUAACCCUGGGAAAGCGUACGCAAUUGUCACAUGGAACGAACCCGUGGCCAGUGAUAACUCAGGUUAUAUUGCAUCACUCAUAAAGUCGAAAACAUCAGGAGAUGAAAUUAGUAUUGGACAGACAACAGUGACGUACAGAGCUGAGGACCAGACCGGAAAUGUUGGGACAUGUGUGUUCGUUAUAACAGUCACAGAUGACGAAGAUCCCACCCUGAGCAACUGUCCGUCAAAUAUCCAUCGGAACACAGACGCCGGGAAACCAUAUGCUACUGUUACUUGGCAAGAACCAACACCGGGAGAUAACUCUGGGUUACCAGUCAUGACUAGCACCCGAUCGCGCGGGGAUCAGCUUUACAUUGGUGUUAAUGAAGUCACUUAUACGGUUACCGAUCCUUCUGGAAAUUUAGCACUGCCGUGUUCAUUCACAAUAACCGUAAACGACAGUGAGAAUCCGAUAAUAACAUUGUGUCCAAGUGACAUAAACCAAGGCACGGACCCUGGAACAGACGUAGCUGAAGUUAGAUGGGAUUUACCUGUGGCUGAGGACAAUUCGGGAAUCGUGUCUGUAGUAGGAAAUUACCAGCCAGGCGACGUGUUUGAUAUCGGAACAACUACUGUCAAUUAUGAGGCUAGUGACGAGAGCGGACACACAGACACAUGCUCGUUUCAAAUAGUAGUAUUCGACGACGAGAUACCAAAUAUUAUCUGCCCUGCCGACAUUGCACAAAACUCGGAUCCGGGAAAGGCAACUACAGAGGUAACAUGGAAUGUGCCAUCUGGCUCUGACAACACUGGGGUAAAAAGCGUGACAAGUGAUUGGCAACCAGGAGAUACGUUUCCUAUAUUUACUACCCUUGUCACGUACACUGUCACAGAUAUAUACGAUAAUUCGUUCGAAUGUACAUUUAAAGUUGUUGUUUUCGAUAUUGAGCCACCGACUAUCAUUUGUUUCGAAGACAAACAAACAAGCACUAGACCAGGCUUGCCAACAUCAAUCGUAACUUGGUCAGAUCCCAGAGUCGGCGAUAACUCUGGAGAUGAAAAUGUCAUUUACAUUUCUACCAUGUCGUCUGGUGAUGCGUUUCCAAUAGGAACUACAACCAUCUCUUAUUAUGCUAUAGACCCAUCUGGAAACAGUGCCACGUGUGAAUUCACGAUUGAAGUGAUAGAUGAUGAGCCCCCAGUGAUUGCAUGUCCAACCCCUAUAACAGUGAACACAGAACCCGGCAAACCCGAUGCGCUGGUAGAGUGGAAUCAUCCAGUACCAACAGAUAACUCUCAACAGAACCCCAUACUAUUAUUUGAUGGUGGAUCUCCAGGAGACAGGUUCGGCAUUGGGCAUAACAAAAUCACCUAUACAAGUAAAGAUUCCUCGGGAAAUACUCAGGGAUGUGAAUUUACAAUCACAGUUGAAGACCACGAACCUCCAACAAUAACCUGCCCAGCUGAUAUAAUUAUCGAGGCCAAUCCCUGGCCGUCCGUCAUCGUCAGCUGGCCAUAUCCGGCAAUAACUGACAAUUGUGCAAAAGUGAACAUAGCGGACGGACCCAGUCUACGUGAAGGACGUGUUGAAAUCUAUGAGAAUGAAAAGUGGACAUCUAUUUGUGGUGAUUGGUGGGAUAAACCAGAUGCUGAUGUCGUGUGCAGACAGCUUG